UCUUAGUCGCAGACACACGAACUCCUCCAAAUCACCCAAGAUGUUCCGCUACAUGCUUUUCGCCUCCGUCGUCCUGGCCUGCGCCUACGGUGCCGCCACCUACAACCCGGAUGCUGAUGCCUACAUCACCAAGUUCGACUCCUAUAUCCAGCCCGAGGGCGACUACAACUACCAGUACGAGACCAGCAACGGCAUUGCCGCCGCGGAGACCGGAAAUUUGCGAAACGACGCCACCGGAGAAUUCUCCUGGUCCUCGCCCGAGGGUCAGCUCGUCAAGAUCUCGUACGUGGCCGGCGAGAACGGCUACCAGCCCCAGGGAGAUCUCUUGCCUACUCCUCCCCCAAUCCCAGAUGCCAUCCUUAAGAGCUUGGAGUACAUCCGCACCCAUCCCCAGUAGGUCGAGCAGGAGUACAGCAGGCCCGACGACAAGAGGCUCAUUGGUUAAGCAGAAUCGGGAGUCAAAUAUGACAACAUUCAU